AUGUACUUCGACCAAGUACCCGCAACUUACAGGGAUCAGACCCGCUCAGGACCCAGGACCCACCCGUCCGCUCGUGGCCGUGGUGGACCUCAGGUUUACCAGGUCAGGGAAUACUCUAGUACCGAAAUCCGACAGUCCAGGUCCUGGUCCAGGUCCGGGUCCAGUCCUGUGGAGGCACGGUACAACAAGAUGGCCGCCAUCUCCCAUUCCAACCGCUCCUCAAUCCGAGAUCAACUACCGCAGUCGACAUCGACCUCACGAUCUUCCACCAGAGUUGCUAGUCGCCGCUCUUCACUCGCCUCGCCUUCGGCUCCCUCCUCACCCGCCGUUGACCCUUUCUCCCACGAGGGCCAAGCCGCCUCCACCUCGACGGGCUACCGCCAGAUCGGCCACUUCAGCUCUCCUUCCACGAGCAAGAUCCAGCGAUCCGGAGGCUUGCUCGGCCUUGCAGCUGCUGCAAUCGACAAGACGCAGUCUGCGCUGUCCACCCUGCAGUCACAGUCACAGUCACAACCCGACUACUCCAUACGUCAGCGUUCCUCCAAUUCCGCUUUGGGCAGAGUCGCCUCCAGUGCCGAUUCCGCUUUCAGCCCCACCGACUUGGACAAGCACGCACACGCACGAUACCGAAGGUCCAACAACCAUUCUCCCGCUUCUUCUUCGACAGGCACUUUCGCCGCCGAGGGCAAACACCCGAGUCAGGUGUCGCUGGCCAACGAAGUGCCCUCCUCACCCUAUUCCGACACUGAUCCCAACCGCCCUCUUCCAAUCCGCAUCCCAGCCGUCGAGAACAAGAUGCACCAAACUUCUUCGCGGUUGCUCCGCAUGACGGACGACGACAAGCCAUUCACAAAGGAUUUCAAAGAUCUCUUCGCAACCCUUGUUGUCAGCCUACUGCCCCUAUCUGCGCAUCGCGUCCGCCUUACUCGGGUUGAGAACACUUUCCUCUCGGAAGAUGCCAUCAACAAUCUCGGUUCCCUGAAAUUCUCCCAGUCGAACCGCAUGCCGGAUCCGAAAGACCCCUCCCGCAUCGUAACAACGACAACGACGACAACCUUUUCCAUGGCCAAAGACAUGGCUCGUUCUAUCUGCCAAAGGUUCCUCGAGGCACGAUUCAUUGAGUCCGCCGACGGAAAGUAUCAGCAGGUCUACAACAUGAAGGGCUCUGUCUGGCAACUGACGCCAAAAGGCGUCACUGUUCUCGAUCGAUUCUGCUCUCGCAACGGCAUUCAGCAGAAGCAAACAUCCGACCUUAUCGGGUCUACCCUUUCACAGCUCGUUAUUCUGGAGCGUGAUGGCCAAACCGACAAGCUCAUUACCGACCGUGGCACAGUCGAAGUUGUCUUCCGUCGAUUCGUCGGCACACACGGCCCUAACAUCAAGUCUAGCGUCACAUCGGCAGAUUCCGAUUCGCUCAGUGACUACCGGGAUGGCCUCACGGGUGUCAAGAUGGCUAGCGAGCGUAAGAUUAAUGGCAAGACGUACCGCGACACUUUCACAGGCAAGGGUGCGACAGACUGGCUCAUGGACUGCUGUACAACCGUGGACAGGAGGGAGGCUGUGGACAUUGCGACGCUCUUUGUGCAGUGUGAACUGAUGGAAGCAAUCGUGCAAGACCGAGCACACAUGUCGCAGUACGCCGGCCACAACGUCUUCCAGCCCACCAAGAAUGCUAUUUACCAGCUCACCGCCAAGGGCAAGGACCUGAUUAACAACGUGGGCUCCAGGGGGCGAGCUUCUGAAAGCGAAGGUACCAACCCAAGCCGCAAUGCGAUCGCGCGCGACUCAAACACGCAGAGGCUGGACAAGAUUCUUAACGAUGCCGCACUCCGCUUGCUGUUCCGCGAGAACCUCAGGGAAACUCAUUGUGAAGAGAAUCUGUCGUUCUACCUUGACGUCGACGACUUCGUCAGGAGCUGCAAGGUCGCCAUCCGUUCUGCUCAGAAGAACCCGAAUUCUACUUCUAUGGACGGGAUUAAAGAAAUCAUGGCACAAGCUUAUGGCAUCUACAACGCCUUCCUAGCCCCAGGAUCCCCCUGCGAGCUGAAUAUUGACCAUCAGCUGCGCAACAACCUGGCAACUCGCAUGACGAAGGCUGUUGGUCAAGACGUCGCCAUGAUAGACACGCUGCAAGAGGUAACGGCUCUGUUUGAAGACGCCCAGAACGCCGUCUUCAAGCUUAUGGCUAGCGAUUCUGUGCCAAAGUUUCUUCGCAGUCCGAAGUACGAGCACACCUUGAAGCACUACGAUUUUGACUCCCUUACCAACAUUCGCCCUGGCUUGGAGCGAAGCCAGAGUCGGUCGAACCGGCCAUGA